AUGCUGUGGAGGCCUGUACAGCGUCGGCUUCCAGCCGUGACACAGCUCGAUGUUGUCCGAUGUCGGCGCCUUCCUAGUUCAUACAUCAGAUCAACACGCCAGUUGUCCAGCUCAACCACGUUCCCAACCCGUUCACAAUUUAACCGGUCAGAUUUUACGAGCCAGCCUUUCACUGGCAGCUAUGAGCCCGGGCUUCCAACAACCGGGCCGCUUGGAUCAACACCGGCAUUUGGCACCCCGCGUAUUACCCCGAAAGUGCUGAAGCAGUAUCUGGAUCAAUACGUGGUGGGCCAAGAUCGCGCAAAGAAGGUGCUCAGUGUCGCCGUCUACAACCACUACCAGCGCGUUCAAGAGCUCUUGCGUCGCGAAGAAGAGGCAGCCGAGGCACACGCGAAGCGUCAACGGAGGGAAGCACUUGAGAGUCAUCCCUUAGAAGAUGAGUUCCCCGUUCCGCAGAGGACUGUGGGGAUACCGCAGACCCCAAAGCCGCAUCGCAGCACCCCCCUGGAUCUCCCAGAACUCACCGACACAUCGCCUCUACAGCUGGAGAAGUCCAAUAUCUUGCUAUUGGGACCGUCCGGCGUCGGAAAGACACUUAUGGCGAAGACACUCGCCCGGGUGCUCUCUGUUCCUUUCAGCAUCUCCGACUGCACCGUGUUUACCCAGGCCGGCUACAUCGGAGAGGAUGCUGAGCAGUGUAUUCACCGACUUUUGGCAGCGGCAGACUACAAUGUGGAACAGGCGGAGCGUGGUAUCAUUGUCCUUGAUGAGGUGGAUAAGAUCGCCGCAGCUAAAGUCAGUCAUGGCAAGGAUGUUGGUGGCGAAGGUGUCCAGCAGGCACUCCUCAAGAUCAUCGAGGGUACAACUGUACAGGUUCAAGCCAAGCCCGAGAAGAACCCGCGCGCAACUAGCCCUCCUAAUAGCUACCCUUCUAACAGCCCAUUGGGGAGUUCGCCGUUCCAACAUAACAGUCCAGGCAACCCAGCUGCGAAGGGUGAAGUCUACAAUGUUCGAACGGACAAUAUUCUGUUCGUCUUCUCUGGCGCCUUCGUCGGACUUCACAAAAUGAUUAUGGACCGGAUAUCCCGCGGAUCCAUAGGCUUCGGUCAACCCGUACGGGCACCCUCGAGCACAGCGGAUCGAUCAGGCUCACCAAAUUCCUCUCCUAACGAGCCACUCCAAAUCCUUCCCGGAUCCGAAGAAGAAGCGCUGUACAAAAAGCAUCUCCCGUUCUUUAGCUCCGCAACGCCAGCCGGUUCUGGCGCCGAGCCCACCUACUUCAACCCCCUUGACCUCCUAACACCCGCAGAUAUGCAAAGCUACGGAUUUAUCCCAGAGCUGAUUGGGCGCAUUCCAGUCACCGCCGCUCUCUCCACCCUAUCUCAACCCUUACUUCUACGCAUCCUCACCGAACCCCGCAACUCCCUUCUAGCCCAAUACACGACUUUAUUCUCCCUUUCGGGCGUCGAGUUGCGCUUCACUACCCCCGCACUGCACAAACUCGCCGCCAAUGCCUUUACAAUGGGCACUGGUGCACGAGCGCUCCGCACUGAAAUGGAAACAAUUCUCAGUGAUGCUAUGUUCGAAGCCCCCGGCUCGAGCGUGAAGUUCGUUCUCGUGACCGAGAGCGUGGCUGAGCGCAAAGAAAAGCCCAUUUAUCUUUCUCGGGGACAAGGUGGCCGGUUCCAUGCCAUGAUUUCUGCCGAGGAAAGCAAGUGGGAAGAGAAGAUUGGCCGUGAGAAAAAAGAUCAGGAUAUGAAGGCCAAAGCACAGGAUAAUGCCGGAGACGGCUCUUCUCAUCCAUCGAGCUUCCAGGAGUACCGGGACCAGGCCAAUGGUUAA